AACUCACUUCCCAGCCACAACUUCCACUCUUACCAACUGCCGCAACCCCGUCUUCCUCAGCACUCUCUCACACACCAACACCUUCGCUCCCCUCAAGGCUUCACUUAUCAGUGAAGCUGCCACUGAACCAUCCCCGUCGCCGGAGCAGGGCAAUGGCUCUGUUGCUGCGGUGGCGCCGACCACCACUAAGGUCCCGGAAGUGAAUCCUUUUGGAGACCCAAGAUGGGUUGGAGGCACGUGGGACCUCAGCCAGUUUCAGAAGAAUGGCAACACUGAUUGGGACUCUGUUAUUGAUGCUGAGGCUAGUAGGAGGAAAUGGCUUCAAGACAAUCCAGAAUCAUCCAGUAACGAUAACCCUGUAGUUUUCGACACCUCCAUUAUACCUUGGUGGGCAUGGAUGAAAAGGUUCCAUCUCCCAGAAGCUGAGCAACUUAAUGGUCGCGCUGCAAUGAUAGGAUUCUUUAUGGCCUAUUUCGUCGAUAGCUUGACCGGAGUUGGCCUAGUCGACCAGACGAAUAACUUCUUUUGCAAGACUCUUUUGUUCGUAGCAGUUGCCGGAGUACUUGUGAUCCGAAAGAAUGAGGACAUUGAAACUCUUAAGAAGCUGUGGGAAGAGACUACAUUCUAUGACAAACAAUGGCAAGCAACUUGGCAGAUCAGAACUCAAACACUCUCAAACAAGAUUAAUGGAUUUGAUUCUUUUGCAGUUCCCUUUGUCUCAUGUUUUUCUUAAUGCAGUACUGUUCUGAUCUGUUUUCUUACUUUUCAUCUUAAUGAAGAAGAGUGAAGCAUGUUUCUGUGUUUUCAAGUUAAAAUCUGUGUUUCUUGUGACUUCUUUCUUAGACAACAUGUGCAAAACUAAUUAACAAACAAAUUGGUUUGUCUAUUAGAAUUUCAGCAAAUGAUACAUACAUAUCUCAUACUAAACAGCAAGCUAAACUUUUAUUGUAAUCUUCCAUUAUCUAUGAGAAGAUUUGCUGCUUCUAUUA